AUGCACUUCUCCAACCACGUUGUCACUGCUUUGGCCAUCGCGGCCGGUACUGCUAGUGCCUGGGAAAAGCAAGCCGAGCACACGGUGACCAUUACCACCUGCGAAUCUGAAGCCCCUAAACCUACACACGUUAUCCCACCCGCCGUUCACACAACUGCUCCUGCUGUUCAGCCUGGUGGCCCUAUCCAGUCUGUUGCUCCCGGAGCUCCCGCUGAGUCUGCUGCCCCCGGUGCUCCUGCCCAGCCCGCCGCUCCUGGUGCUCCUGCCGAGUCUGCCGCUCCUGGUGCUCCUGCCGAGUCUGCUGCCCCCG